CAGUCAGCUCAGUCUCCCAAAGUUGUAUCUCGUCUUCGGAAUAUGGAUCGCUCAGUUUGUCAAGAGGAAGGAGUGUAAGUAAACGGAUACGGAUACGUUCGACUUUGUCAGUGAGGACUGACUUUCUGACUGGCGGAUUUCCGUUUUGAAUUUGCAGGGAUUGUGUUUUCUCUGCAGAGCGUCGUGCAACUUCGUGAAUGCAUGGGCGGUGAGGAGACGCUUUGGUCCCCCGAGAGAUUGUCAUGGCUCGCUACUUGAGAUAUUUCACCACAGUGGGAGAUGAGCAUCCUGUCCAGUGGGAGGAUGAAGAAUUGCACGUAGACAGUGAUGAACUGGGUCCUGCCACUGUGCAGUACCCAGAAACCUUAACGUUUAGGGAUUCUCUGAAAAGACUCUACAGCUCUGCCCGCUUCCAGGUGCUGGUGGUGUGUUUAGUGGUACUGGAUGCAAUUUUUGUUCUGGGAGAGGUGCUGAUCGAUUUAUCCAUUAUUCAGCUGGAACAUGGCCAUAUUGCACCUGAGGUGUUUCACUACCUGAGCCUGGCACUUCUCACAUUCUUCAUGGUGGAGAUAGCCGGGAAACUCUUCGCAUAUCGCCUUGAGUUCUUCCAACAUAAAUUCGAGGUGUUUGAUGCUUUGGUGGUGAUGGUGUCUUUUGUGCUGGACGUAGUCUUCAUCUUCCACGAUGAUGUAUUUGAUGGAAUGGGUCUCCUGAUCUUGCUGCGUCUCUGGAGAGUGGCUAGAAUCAUCAAUGGAAUUUUAGUGUCGGUAAAAACCCGUGCAGACCAGAAGAUGCACAAGCUGAAGGGGAGCUAUGACUUCCUCGUACAGAGAGUCACCGAACUGCAACAGCACAUUGAUCAACUCCAACAAGAUAACCAGAAGCUUCAGACACUUCUCAAGAUGCAUGGCAUUGACUUCUGAUCGAUAAUGAAUUCAAAUGAAUUCAUAUCAUGCAACUUUAUGUAUUUUUUCCGCAUUAAUCCAUGCAUUAAUUUCUGAAUUGUUUGAUCUGUUCAGCUCAUGAUUUAAGUUUUCUAUCUUCAUGAAUAAUACUUGAUUGUUUUAUCCAAUCGAUUCUUUGCCCUCUAUGGUAAUUACAAUUUUACAUGUGGGUACUUUUCGGACACUUUCUAAGGACAGUCUGGAUGAAGUUGCUCAAUCAAACAAAUGGAAAGAAGAAGUUAAUCGGCAGGUUGGCAUCAAUGGUCGGUGUAGCUCUGUAACCAGGAAGGGCAGCAGCAGAAAUGUCUUUGAAGCUCACUGAACUCCGAAUUGAGAGCGCAUCACUGCCUCUGAUAAAACCAGCCUAUGAAAAAAACAGAAGAGUUCAUUAGGAUUGCAUUUUUUUUAAUUCAGUAUAAAACUCGAGUGGUUGGGUCUCCAAAUUUGUCCAAACUAGAUUUAUAAUCCAAUUGGCGCCAUCUAGGAGGUUGUUGGUCCUUCCAUGCCAAAUAACCUAGUGGAUAUAACCAAGUGGAUUUUGAUUGGAAUGAAACUUGAUGCACUUACCGAUAGUGUUGGCAUGACACAAAAUCUCAAAUUUUAGGUCAAUCAAAACAGAGGCUUGGGAGCUACGGCUCACCGAAUUAUUUAUUUUAUUGUUAUAGUGCCUGUUUAAAUCUUUCAGAUUUUCUUUUGGGGAUGGGGGGGGGGGUUGGCAUGGAAUUAUUUCAAUUAACUGUAGCCAUCUGGGUCAAAGUACUACAGGCCACUUCAAAGAGGUGGACAUACGUUAGCUUUUAAGACUAAUAAAUACCAUUGACAGUUUUUGUGUUUUUGCUAUUUAUAUUUCAUCAACAGUUUGGAGAUAUGCUGUACCUGUUUUAGUGUACUGUAUAUUAACCUACAUGUCAGCUGUAUUACCUACCAAACUGGUGGUAUUGGUUUGGAUAACUUCCUCGACACUCACAAUCUGAGUUUGGGGAUUCCACAAGGAACCAUAUUUGGUCCAUUCAAUCUCCAAGUGAAGUAACAAUGGGAUGCUGCAAACCUGCGAAGCCUGCAAAUGAAAAUGGAUGGAGUGUUUUGAAGGUUAUGUGUAAUAAACAUGCUAACACAAAGUAGAACCUUGCUUUCUGUAUGUAUAUAAAUCGGCCAGAGACUGCAAAUUAAUAUUUAUAAAAUGAAUGGAAAUAAAAUUAAUUUGUUUCAGCACCAGACCCAAGUCCCUUUCAAGUGUAGCUGGUGUUAUGGAAAAGCAGUGACUUGUCAGAAUUCAUUACCGAGAGCUCAAUAAUCGCAUGAGAUGUUAUUAACCCUGUAUGUCUGCAUUAAUAAACGACCAAUGAAAGUCA